CUUUCUCCUCAGCUCUCUCCAUCCAUUCUCCUCACCCCACCUCUCCACAUUCAAUCAAUCGUCUGUCUUUUCCUUCUUCCGCAACUCACCUUUCCCACACCCCAGUCUCGCCCGACCGGCUUGCUUCGCGGGGUGUCUGCCCAUGCGAGACUGUUAAGGUACCUUUCACUCCCGCUUAUCAAUGGCCUCGGUUUCGCCACCUAAACCGUGGGAAAGGGCCGGCGCUGCUGCUGGAUCUGUCGCGACCACUACUCCCUCACCGGCGGGUUCAGCAACGAUGACGGCCUCUUCGCCUGCCUUGGCCGCAACCACCAGCGCUCCGAUCUCCGCUUCUACCACCACCUCCACAACCGCUACCCCGGAUCUACCAUCUCGUCCCAACACUCUCAAUGCCGUCGUCAACCGCACAGCGUCGAACUACUCGCCAUAUGGAGCUUCUCGGAUAGGCACCACUCCCUACGGUGGCUAUGGCGGCUACGGGGCCUACUCUUCACCAUAUUCUCGCUUCGGGUCAAUGGGGUCAAUGUAUGGGGGCUACGGAAGCUACGGCGGGAUGUACGGUGGCAUGGGAGGCAUGUAUGGCGGUGGCAUGCCCGGCGAUCCGAACGACCCGAACAGCUUGACGAACUCCUUCAGCCAAAGCACCCAGGCGACUUUCCAAAUGAUUGAGAGCAUCGUUGGUGCGUUUGGUGGUUUCGCCCAGAUGCUGGAGAGUACUUAUAUGGCAACCCACAGCUCCUUCUUCGCCAUGGUCUCAGUGGCGGAGCAACUUGGAAACCUCCGCAACACCCUGGGCUCUGCUCUGGGGAUCUUUACCUUGAUUCGCUGGUUCAGAACGCUCAUCGCAAAGAUCACCGGUCGUCCCCCACCGGCGGACGCUACCGCUCUCACGCCGUCUGCGUUCGCGGCCUUCUUGAACGGUCGUUCCGUGCCCGCGACUCUGCCUGAUGGCUCUCCCGCCCCUCCCAAGCCGUCGAAGAAGCCCUUUUUCAUGUUCCUCAUUGCUGUCUUCGGCCUUCCGUAUCUGAUGGGCAAGCUCAUCAAGGCGCUCGCACGCUCACAGGAGGAACAGCGUCGUCAGAUGAUGGUUGGCCCGAAUGGAGAGCCCAUGCAGCAGGCACCUCUUGACCCCUCCAAGCUCGACUUCUGCCGCGUGCUAUAUGACUACACCCCGGAGUCCCAGGAGAGCUCCGGAAUCGACCUGGCUGUCAAGAAGGGCGACAUCGUCGCUGUCCUCAGCAAGUCCGACCCAAUGGGUAAUGCAUCGGAAUGGUGGCGCUGCCGUGCCCGCGACGGUCGCGUCGGCUACCUCCCUGGCCCGUACCUGGAAACCAUCCAGCGUCGUCCUCAGCAGCAGGCGAUCACUUCGGGCAGUGAAGCCAACAGCCGCAGCAACUCACUGCAAGCGCACGUGACCGACGAAGUCGCGGAAGCGACCGUCAAGCCGGAGUUGAAGGGCAAGAUGGGUGACAUUUCGCCGGAGACGCUCCAGAAGAGCGCGUUCUACACUUAGCCUCUUUCAAGAGGUGAUCUCAUUUCCUCCCACCUUUCUUUUUGUUUAGUUCAUUCACGGCAGCUCGGACUACGUGGAUGGGACGACCAUGGCCACAGGACAUAUGUGGCGGAGCAUAUGACUGAGUGGCAUACGAUUAUCUCCCAUGUCGGCUUUCUUUCUUCUUUUCUUUAUUGUUCUCAUGGAUUCUAUAGCGUUGGGUACUGGGUCUACGGUUCUUUCGUCGUGCAUUUUCUUUUCUUCAAUGUGUAUACAUCCAUUUUAGCGAAACGGGAGAUGCAGAUUCUGCGUCUUGUUUUCUUUUCUGCUGGGACGUUCAUACCGGUGUACAGGAGAAUAAAAUACUCUAUGAUUCUUCCUACAUGAUCCAG